CAGAUAAGACGGAGCUAUUUAAAACAGACAUGAGAGGUAAACUUAUUUGAGCAUUGGGGAAGAGCUGGGAUCGUCUCUCUUCCAUCAAUGAAACAAUACACCAUGAUGCUCUUGAUUAUCAUCAAUCUUCUGCAGGAGGUUUUUGGACUUACAAGUACAGCUCUCGACCCCUGCUCUGCCUACAUCAGUUUGAAUGAACCCUGGAGGAACUCAGAUUUCCACGUCAACCAGUCAUCCAACUUGCCCUUGUGUGACAGCCACAUGUCUGGGGAGUGGUACCGCUUUACAGGCAUGGCUGGGGAUGCAAUGCCCACCUUCUGCAUCCCUGGGAACCACUGUGGCACCCACGCCCCCAUUUGGCUCAAUGGCAGCCACCCACAGCUCCAUGAGGGGAUUGUGACCCUGCCUGUCUGUGCCAGCUUCAACAACAACUGCUGCCAGUGGAACGCCAGCAUAGAUGUGAAGGCCUGUCCUGGAGGAUACUUUGUCUAUCGCCUGCCCAGGCCCUCUGUCUGCUUCCAUGUUUACUGUGGUCAUUUCUAUGAUAUCUGUGAUGAGAUUGACUGCACAGGUCCCAGAUGUCCAGAGCCAGAGUGCCGUUGUGCGCCUGGAACUGUCGUGGGACCAGACAGACAGACGUGCUUGGAUGUAAAUGAAUGCGAUAAGGAAAAUGGUGGCUGUGCAGAGGUGUGCGUGAACACUAAGGGCUCCAGGCGUUGUGAGUGUAGGCAGGGCCGCGUGCUGGAUGAGGAUGGACGCAACUGCAGAGAGAUUGCAGGCUGCCACAUCAACAAUGGAGGAUGCAGCCAUGACUGCUCCCAGAUGGUGGGCUCCUAUCAGUGCUAUUGUCCCCGAGGGCUGGAGCUGGGAGAAGAUAAAAGCACAUGCCAGGUGCCAGUCCAGUGUGAUCCCAGCUUGAUUACCGUGUCAGUUCCUAAAGACCUUGUUGGAGGACUGGAGCUUUCUCUGUCCAACUCGUCUUGCCGAGGAGUUUCCAAUGGCACCCACAUCAAUCUGAGCUUCAGCCUCAAGACCUGCGGCACGGUGGUGGAGGUGACAGAAAACAAGAUAGUUGGGACCAACCUGGUGACGGGCCUCCCCAGGAGCAGCCCCAGCAGCAGUAGAGACUUAAUAGUCCGGACCAGCAAAUUAUUGCUCCCAGUGACAUGUGAGUUCCCCAGGGAGUACCAGGUGUCGGACGGGUACCAGGCAACUCUGCGUGGCUCAGCCCUGGAGCUGGAAAGCCACAGUGAGGGGGUUUUCAGGUUCAACUUGGAGCUGUUCAAGAACGCUGAGUUUUCAGAGCCCUACCGCAGCCCACCUCAGCUCCACCUGCAUGACUCCCUGUUCUUUGGGGUGGAGCCAAAGGAGAGAGUGGAUGGCCUGUCUGUGCUGGUGGAGAGCUGUUAUGCUACUCCGGGGCCCAAAGCUGACCAGGCCUUGAAAUAUUACCUCAUCAAAGAUGGAUGCAUCUCAGACGAAACGGUGACACAGUGUUCAUCAAAGGACCAGCUCUCCAAGCAUUACCAGGUUCCUGUCUUCAAAUUCAUUGGCAAGGACAACCGACAAGUGUUCCUCCACUGCCGGGUGUUGGUGUGUGGGGAAGGAGACACCCGCUGCGCCCAGCACUGUCGUGGACGUGUGCGACGGGAGAUCUGGAUUAGGGACGAUCAGGAAAAGCAAACAUUGAACACGGGACCUAUCUACAUCCUGGAAUAGAUGGGAGUCAGCACAUAAAUUACACUUGCAAAUGAGGUGACCAUUUCAGUUUAUUUGGUGGAUAAAACUCCAAAUACAUGCAGACAUACAGUCCAUUGCACUGUCCCUUUAAAGUCCUACACACAUAAAUACGCAUACACACAAAACACAUAAUUUACUUAGCUUCAGUGUCUCACAGCUAUACUACUGACAUUAUAAUGAUUGACAAUCACAUUAUAAACCUGAUGGCUUGCCCACGGUAUGGCAGAAGCGUGUCACUUUUAAAGCAUUUUCUCUGGCUUGAUUGCAGCUUUGAGACUCAGAGUGGUUUAAAUUUCAUAACCUUAUUAACUUGGAAAACACUUGGAACUUCAGUAGAUGCAUUUUCACUCAUUUGCUGAGAUUAAUCAAAGCUUUGGGAGUAUCUCACACAUUACGGCGUCACAGCAAAGAGAUAUGAGUACAGCUUUUCAUGGUAAUAAUGCACAUGGUUCAUCACUCUGGAAGCUAAUCUAAAUGUAAUCUUGUCAUGUACACUCAAAUUAGUUGAAAAUGUAUUCAUGUGAAGUAAAAAUAACUUAAAAAUAAAGCAUUAACUGUUAUAGGCA